AUGGAAUAUGAUCCAAGAAAAAAUGGACCGAAGCUUGAAGAUCCAGUGGUGAAUAUGAUCAAACUAGAUAUUUAUAUGGAAGCUCAGUGUCCUGAUACAUCUCGAUUUUUUCGCCAACAACUUAAAAAAGCAUGGGACAUUUUGGGAAAUCUGAAUAGGAUCGAGUUAAAUGUGAUUCCGUUCGGGAAAGCAAGAUGCACUGAAAAGGGGAAUGACUUCGAAUGUCAGUGUCAACAUGGCCCGACAGAGUGUGAAAUCAAUCAAUUAAUGAACUGUGUCAUUGAUCGUUUCGGGUUUCCUCACAGAUAUCUGCCAGCUGUUUUGUGUAUGCAAGGAAAAUACUCACUGGAUGAGGCAAUGACGUGUGUCACUCAGAAUUUCCCAGCAGAAUACAACAGAAUGCGAGAAUGUGCUGGAGGGCAACGUGGUCGACGCCUUCUGGCUCUAUCAGGUCAAAAAACGGCGUCUAUCACUCCAGCAAUUGAUUUUAUUCCAUGGAUCGUUAUCAACGGAGCUCGUAACUCAGAUGCUCUCUAUGAUUUAACACAAAAUGCAUGUGAAGCAAUGCAACCAAUGCCUUCAGCAUGUAAAGAAUAUUUACGAUCAUUACAAUAA